AUGUUUCGAAACGUCAGAAUUAACAAGUGGGAAAAUAACGUUGGUUCAUUGUUGAUUGUUAUGUGGGUUUAUGCGCUAUAUCAGAUUACGAGAAUGACAGAAGAUAUUUAUGAAAUAAAUAAUCGACAAGAGAAAAAAUCAGAAGAAUUGAACAAUAUCAUUACUUCGUCAAUCCAUCAAGACGUAUUAUGGCAUAUUCGUCGAUAUCCUCGAUGA